AUGGAGAUGGAGUUUGAUCAGCUCCUCUCCAACACAGGCAUCGCCCAACUCAUGCCCGAUGCUGGAGAAUCCAUCCUGUUAUGGGAAUCUAACUUAGCUUCUAUACUUGUGGAGAUGGAGUUUGAUCAGACAUUUAUUGAAAAUGUUCGAGAGAAUGCUGAAGAACAUGGGAUUCACUAUCUGCAAAACCAACUUAUCAAAGAUAUCCUGAAACAAGAAAAUCAAAAUAUUUUUGAUGUAGAUACUGGAAUUAAAGUGAUCCAACAAAGAUUCUCCAAUAAAAAGGUUCUUAUUGUUCUUGAUGAUGUGGAUCAAGAUAUCCAAGCAAAGUCUUUGGUCAGGGACCGUGAAUGGUUUGGUAUUGGAAGUAAGAUCAUUAUCACAAGUAGAAAUAAGGAUAUUUUAAAUGCUCAGAAAACAGAUGGUAUUUAUGAGCCCAAUGUGAUGGAUUUUGAUGAUUCUCUUGAACUUUUUAGUCAUUAUGCAUUUGGAAGGGACCGACCUCUCAAAAGCUCUUGUAAAAAUGAAGAUGGUAAGUUAAAGAUGCAUGAUAUGCUUCGCGAUCUUGGAAGGGAUAUUGUUUGUCAAGAGAGCCCAGAUGAGCCAGGGAAGCGUUCUCGAAUAUGGUCUCAAGAGGAAGUCUUGGAAGUACUGGAUACGCAGAUGGGAACAAGUAAUGUCAAAGGACUAGGUAUCGAUUUUAGUCAUAUAUCAAGGAGCCAAUAUUUGAUGAGUGAAGAAUUUGCUACAAUGACAAGACUAAGGUUACUCCAAGUCGAUUAUGCACAUUUUCGUGGGAAUUCCACGAAUUCAUUUUCAGAACUGAGAUGGCUUAGUUGGAAAGGACACCCUAACCCAUAUACGCUAAUCAAGUUUUGUCCACAGAAACUGCUUGUUCUUGAUCUAUCACAUAGUAAGAUCACAAAAAACUGGAUGGGUUGGAACUACAUCAAGAUGGCGGAAAAUCUGAAAGUUAUAAAUCUCACAUCGUGUCAUCAACUAUCUAGUACUCCUGACAUUUCAGCAAAUCGACUCUUGGAGGUAUUGAUUCUUGAAGACUCUGAAAAUUUGGAAGAGAUUGAUGCAUCCAUUUGUUGUUUCACAAAUUUGGUUAUAUUAGACAUGAGUGGCUGCAUUAAACUUGAAUCGCUUCCAAAUCUUCCUUCUAGUUUGACCAUCCUUGAUAUCAGUCAUUGCUCUUCAAUUCGAGACAUCUCAGGACUUCCCUCACAUUUAACCAGCCUUGAUGUUAGUCAUUGUGCUUCAAUUCAAGACAUCUCAGAUCUUCCCUCAUGUUUAACCCGCCUUAAUCUUAGCUACUGCAGUUUAAUUCCAUACAUCUCAAGUUUCCCCUCAAGUUUAACCAGCCUUGAUGUUAGUCAUUGCUACUCUAUUCGACGAAUCUCAGGUCUUCCCUCAAGUUUGACAAGCCUACAUGCUAUCCAAUGCCGGUCACUGAUCAAACUUUCAAGUACAUCAAGAGGCUUGAGAAAUUUAAAUACAUUAUGUCUUGAUUUUUGCUACAGCCUAGAAGAAAUUGAAGGUGUUGAUGAGAAAUUGGACAACCUGGAGGACUUCAACAUUAGGUUGUGUGAAAAAUUAAGAAAAUUACCAACAGGCUUGAAAAAUCUAAGGACUUUAAAGCUCAAUGAGAAUGAUUCCAGAUCCGAUAUUGUAGGCGAGGGGAUGGACUCUUUGGAAGUAUUGGAGAUAUCAUAUUGCAAAUCAUUAAGAAGAAUACCAUUUCUGCAUGAUUCGAAAUGGUUAAGGAUAACACAAAUCAGAGUCUGUCCGAAUUUAUCUGAGAUUGAACGUCUUGAGGACUAUGAAUCCUUACAAAAAUUAUCAAUUGUUUCGGCCACAUCAUUAAAAAAAUUAUCGGAUAUCUCAACCUUGAAGAACCUAAGCUAUUUAAGAAUCAGUGAAUGCUACUCUAUGGAAGGAUUACCUGAUCUUUCAAACUUAAAAGAGUUGCGGCAAUUAGAGAUUGAGGAUUGGCGGGAGAGAACUAUAUUUAUAUGGAAAUCAGGAAAUAAGUAUUUGCGAGAGUUAACUGAAAUUCCUGGCCUUGACAGAUUAGAUUCCUUGCAAAAAUUGAAAAUAGGAGGAUGCAAAGCCAUUAAAAGAUUACCUGAUCUGUCAAACUUACAAAAGCUGUUCAGUCUAAAGAUUGAAGGCUGCAAGAAUCUAAUUGAGAUUUGUGGUGUCGACCGAUUGGAAUUCUUAGAGAAAUUGGAUAUUAGUGGCUGUGUGUCUUUGGAAAGACUACCAGAUCUGUCAAAGUUACAAAAGUUGUAUAGUCUAAAGAUUGAAGGCUGCAAGAAUCAGUCCGAGAUUCAUGGUAUUGACAGAUUGGAAAUUUUAAAGAAUUUGGAUAUUAGAGGUUGUGAAUCCUUGGCAAGGUUACCGAAUCUGCAUAUCUUAAAAAACUUGAUUUGUCUUCGGAUUGAAGGCUGCAAGAUUCUAACUGAGAUUCAUGGUAAUGACAAAAUGGAAUUCUUAGAGCAUUUGUAUAUAAGUGAGUGUGAGUCCUUGGACAGAUUACUAGAUCUGUCAAACUUAAAAAAAUUGAAGUAUCUACGGAUCAAAAACUGUGAGAAUCUAGCUGAGAUUCAUGGGAUUGAUAGAUUGGAAUUGUUAGAGAAUUUGAAUAUCAGUGGCUGUGGUUCCUUGAAAAGAUUACCUGUUCUGUCAAAAUUUAAAAAUUUAAAGGAGCUAAGAACUCGACUGCAUGGAGCUAACUGA